AUGUUGGAUGUGUCCUGUGAAGGAACGAAAGACCCUCAAAGCUUUUGCAUGGCUACCGCUGUACAAACUGCAACAAAACCAUCCCCCGGCGGGAUAGGUUACGUGAACACCUUCUUCAUCAUCAUAACAUAUCCGAGACACCGUCCCAAUUGCCCCGGUUCGGGGAAUGCGUCUACCAGUGGCGAUCGGUCUCGUCGCGACGACAAUGGUGGCGGAAACGGCGGAAACAGCCAUGGCCAUGGCCCUGCUCACGGCCCUUCUUUGGCCGGGCCCAGCAAUUGGAGCGGACAAUCGUUUGACCAAUCAAAUGGCUGGCCUGGGGGUACUCCUUCCAGCACGAGCUUCGGAGGCUUCAGGAGCAGGAACAGUGGGCGACCUGGUCCCAUAUCACAGUCUGUUUCUGACAGCCAGCUCAACAGUAGCUACCAUCAAAGGGCCAACGAUGCCAUUGGAGAACACUUGAUGGAUAACAUGCCUCCCCCAUCUUUUGAGGCGAUGGCUCCCCUCCCCAAAAAGGCCGAUGGGAAGCCCAAAACCCUCCCCUCACAAAACCUAGGAUUUCCAAGAUCCAGUAACUCGACGAAGCGUAAGCGCUCAGAUAAACAGAAAGGUCGAGCAGAAGACAAGGCCUCCGAUCUGACAAAAUGCAAACGCUGCAAGCAUCCCAUGGCCGGAUGCGAACAGUGCGAGUUUGUUCGUGGUUGCCACGAAUGUGGCGACAUGACUAGGGGGGCUAUCCAAGCUGGGGAUUCCUCAAGAAUACCCGUGCAAGCCCUCCCAGAUGCAUCUUCCACAAUCAUCAAUUUGAACGAGUCUUACAAUGACCCAUUGGUGAACUAUGUGAUGCCCCCGCACAUGCUCCCUCAAUCGUCUAUUCAUGAUGACCACAAUGAAAUGAUGCAAUUCCUGGACCCGGGAUCAUAUGAGAGUAUGACCAACUCAUUCAUGGGUAAUCUACACACAAAUGACAGAUAUAUCAGGGUGGCCAUGGUUCCCGAAAGCCACCCAAUCUUGAAUGAUCUCGGCGGCAAGGUUCAAGGGUCGCCUGUUGUUGAAAGUGAUACCAAAUUGCUUCGCAGCAUUGGACUCAGCGCAUCGGAUGACCCGCUCUCUUUCAAAGGUCAAGCCAAGGAAAUGGGAGAAAAGGUCACCGGUGGUCAAACUCCAGGCCUAUACACAGAUCUUGUUUUUAGGAACAAAAGAUCUUCGACCAUUCUAGAAGACCACCAGCCGGUGUCUUCUUGCCAGUGCCCGUGCGUUACCAUCCCAACCACCGAAUACAAGGCAACGGCGAGCCUUCAGCUGUCGUUAAAUGAAAGAGUUGAGAUGAAAUUCCAACUGUCCCCGGAGCGGGAUACCAAUCAUCCCCUCCGCACGAAAGUGCAGGUCUUCGUGAAACUUUUCACGCUCCGCGCAUCGGCAGCACGGUCAAAAGCCAAGCAGAGAGCUCCCUCAAUUACAUCCGAAACCACCCUUAACGAGGACCCUGAUUCCGAUGCGGAUUCAGAACAGGAGCUCACCCUCACUUCGCUUUCGGGUUCCGAGAUUACUCCACUAGUCCACUGGGAUGAGCAAGACUGGUCGUUUGACUUCCCCAUCAAGUGGGCUAUACUGAAACUAGCCGGGUGGACCAGCGGAAUAGAUGCCGAGACGUGUCAAAAGCUUUUGCUCUCUGAUCCCGGUCAAAUACUGGACUUGAUAUCUAUCUACAUUUUGUGCAAAUUCAAGGGUUCUUGGUUGCGGAUGGAUCGCAAUGGGGUCGGUCCCUUUCUGAACCUCUAA